AUGCCGUCGCACGGCAAGAGAAGUUGGGAUGCAUCAGAGGAUACCGAGGCACGCAUUCACCCUCUCAAGGGACCUUCGAAAGACUACCCAGUAUGCGAUCAGUGCCGGUCACGAAAGAUUCGAUGCGGGAGAGAGCGGCCUCAUUGCUCCAACUGCGUCCGUCUCGGCCUUGAUUGUGAAUGGCUGGGACAGGGAAAGAAGCCUAACCAGACAACUUGGCUGAGCCACGCAGUAAACCGUCUCGGCGAUCGACUCCAGAAGCUAGAAGAUGCUGUCUCCGGUCUGCAAAGUUCCAAGGAUACCCAAGACUCUGAGACGACACCUCCCCCGAUGCCUGGCUCACCGAGUACCAUAACAAGCCCCUCUUGGGGCCGAAGCUGCGUUGUUCGAAACAUCGGCGGCCGCGAACGAUAUUACGGAUCCACGUCCUUGGUCUCGCUGAUGCAAGAUAUGGCGGCUAUCUUGCAAACCAACCUAUGCGAGAUGGAGAAUACCCAGAAUAGCUCGAGGCGUGUUACAAUUGCACGAGAAGAGAUUCUGAAACUGGCAGAGCCGCAUCAUAUGUACGCACAUGUCUCUGACGGUUCUGUUUUGACUGGUCCUCCUUUGGUUAUCGUCGAGGCCAUGAUCGAGCCAUACUUUGAGAUGGUAAAUCCCCAUAUGCCUCUAUGGACAAAGGAGAGCUUUCGACACCUUAUGGACUCUGCAGGAGAGUCUUCCAAUGCAUCGGAUAAGCGCGCUUAUGAUCCUUUUAAGCUUACAGGCUUUGUUGUCUCUCCGCAAACUUCCCUCUCCGAGGAUGUUGCUGCCUUGGUGUUCAGUUUCGCCGUCCACGUAGCCAAGUCGAUUGGACUUCGCCACGGGAGCUCGGCGAGCUCUACCGAAAGAGCCAAUGCCGAAGAGUGCCAGGAAAAACAACAAGUCAUGUACUGCAUGGUAUGCCUGAGCAGGGCUUUGGCCUGGGCUUCUGGUUUGUCCUUCAACCUGCCUGGUGUUGAUCUCCUUGAGCGCAGCCUCUCCAUCUCGUCAACCACAAGCCAUCUUGCCACUCGGGUCGCCCUUUUGCGCCUCGAAGAGCAGAUAUACAGUAGCCUAUACUCUGAUGAUGCUACUGAUCAAGGGCCAAAUGCCACUGGAAAGGUGGCUCUCGAUCAGUGUCGCAAACUGGAAGAUUGGGCAGCGAGCCACGCGGAGGAACUCGACGAAGGCCAGUAUUCUGGCACUCUCAGCAGUGAACUCUGCCACGACCUCUCUGUAAGGUUUUACUCCAUCCAGGCAUUGGCCUUAUGGCCUAUUCCGGAGGAUGCAUCAAUGUCGCCGUCGAUACUCGACGCUGCUCGGCGUUCUCUCCGAUUCUUCCAGAGACUGUGGACGGCGACCUCGGAAAGAGGACACCAUCUAGACUUGGCUCUACUCGUCGCUUCGUAUCCUCCUGUGCCCUUCUUCGAGCUCUCUAGGCAUGCCUUGACGAACCACCAGGCCUCUGACGAGGACUGGGAACUCCUGCACUCGUUCUCAAGCAUGAUUCGAAUGUUUGCAGAGUGGGCUGAAGAAACCUCUCUUAUGAAGAGACUGCUAAAGUUCUGCGACAUCAUGCUGCAUUUGAUCGACGCAGAUCGCGAAGAGAAGUCAUCAAGACGACCAGAAAGUCGGCCUGCAUCAGUCGGUCAGGCUUACAUACAUACCUUGGAACCAAUACCCGGAAACAUGGCCCCGAUAGUUCACCCAUACGGAGGAGACUCGGUCGCUUCUUCCUCCCGUAGCACUUCCACACCUAUCUCGGGGUUUGCUCAACCGAUGCAUCCAACUUCGGAUGCAGAGCCGAUCUCGCUUCCCACAGUGUCAGAAUCAAUCAUUUCGUCGUCCUUGGGCUCGUUUGAUGGCGUGUUUGGAGGAAGACUGAGUCCGAUUGGUGACUUGGAAGGAUGGAUGGUUGAACCUGGAGCCCAAGGGGCGCCUCUACCCAACUCGAUGCCGAAUUUCAUGUUUCAAGAUGGCAGUGCUUUUUCGUUUGAUAGAAUCGAUCUUGGAUGA